AUGGGGCAGUGUCAAUCUGCAGUCGAGAGUCUUCCAGCAUACGCACCUCAACUGAUUGCUUUCUUGAUAGCUUUAGUGGAACUUAUUAUUGUUGUGAUCGCCUAUGUCGCCAGAGAGACUCAGCGAAAAAAGACAUUUUACGGGCGUGAAGAUUUCGAAGAUAUUCCGGAAGAGGAAAAAAUGGAACAUGAAGGAGCUAUUAUGGGUAAAAAUAAUGAAGAACUUCGUAUCGUACAAUCGGCAGAUCGAACGGCUGAAAUUGACGUCGGUACAAAAACUACAGGAAGUGCUAGUGGUGUAAAAGUGAUGGUACGGCGGAAAAAAGCUAUUUCGGAGCAAACUGAUUCGCUAACAAAAGAGAUAACUCCUACAGAUGCAAAAGUCAUACGUUUUACGCUGGAAAUUGAUUGGACGGCACGAGGAUUUGAAUUCAUCUCUGUACUUCAGAAGGCUUUGCAAGAAGUUAAAGAAUUUAAACAAAUUCGAUCCAAACUAACUGAUGAUGCCCAAGAUCAACUAUGUGAUUUUCUGGUUCGCAAAAUGCGCGCAAUUUUGGAAGAGUCGACACAACGUAGAUGGUUGGUACAUGGAGUAAUUCACAAUAAAAUUUGGAAAGUAAGCGGAUUAGAAAAUUUGCUAGAAAAGGGUGGGGGUGAUAUCAGGACACAACAAAUGCUUCGUAUCACUGCACAAGGACCGAUGGCACCGAUUAUCAUUCUUGCUUAUAUGAUUGAAAUUGACAUGAAACUAGAAGAGAUGAAGAUGCAGUCGAUGCCAGCACCAUUAAUUAUCAAUAGAAACAAAGUGCGUGAAGAAUCACCAACACAGUCUAUUUCAAGGACGUUUGAAAAGAUGUCUCAUAUGAAACAAAAACCUUCACCUGUGAUACCAAACCUCGCGACACCUACGAAUUAUCUUACGACGUUACAUACAAUGAGUACAAUGCCAUCGGAAAAAUUACCUACAGUUGUGGAUACAUUUGUCCAUUCACGGAGCAGCAAGAAGGACACAGGUCGAAGUUCCACGAGUAUUAAACAGAAGAAGACGCUGUCAAUGUCGUAUAACAGAAAAGGUUCUGUCGGACAAAUGAAGAAAUUUUCAACUGUAAACAGACAGAGAACACCAAGUGACACAGAUGCUCGUUCAAGAUUUCGCAGCCACCACAGUAGCGAAAAGUUGAGAACUGAAUAUACACAAACUGAAUAGUGAUGUAGUCUUGGACGUCGAUCUAAAUCUAUCUGUCGAAAACUCUUAUCCUCAGGUCCCUUUGAGAAAUGUCCAGAAGCCGUC